AUGAAUUUUCUAAAGCCAAAAAGUAAUGACCAUAAUAUUUUAUUGGUAGGAAAAACUGGUUCCGGUUUUGGUGAUACAAGAGGUGUCAUGCAGGAUGAUGACAACAUUACCAACAUCCUUGAGACCGUCAUUCCACAGGCUAAUCUUUCCAGUGUUGUCUUGGUAAUCAAUGGUUCCGAUGCUCGUUUGACCGAAGAUUUGAAAUAUGUCAUCAGUUGUCUCCGAAGUAACCUGCCGGAUGACCUCUUUGAGAAUACAUUGGUCGUAUUUACCAACUGUGUAGAGCCAAACUUCUCCAUAGAGUCACUGGAGAUCCCAGGUGUUGAGAAAGAAGGAAGAAACUUUACCAUGCAAAACUCUGCUUUUGGACAAGAAUAUAACAAAAUUGCAGCCAGAGCUCAAAAGCAGAGAGUAACAGAUUGGAACAAUUCAAUGGAGACUGUCGAUGAAAUCAUUGAAGUGAUCUCCCAUUUCCAUCCGAAAUCAACCAAAUCGUUCUCGGAGAUUGCCAGUGCUCGUGAAACCAUUGCCCAAGUCCUACAUGAAAUCAUCAACUAUAUCAUCGAUAGUCUGAAAGUAAAGAAAGUUCUGGAUAGAAACAGAGGAUCAGUCGAGAACCAAGGUAGUCAACUCAUCAAAAGAAUGGAGUUCGAGCCAACCGAAGAUCCAAAUCUAAUUUGUAUGCUCUGUAAUAAGGUGUGCAACUAUGGUUGUAAGUUGAAUACCACUUAUAAUCGUUUAUGCUCUUCGAUCACCUUGCUGGGCAAGUGUAAGAAGUGUGGAUGUAAAGCAAAGAACCAUUACCAUUUGAGAAAGAAGUUGGUGGAAAAGGAGAGAACACUCGCCUAUUUGCUUGAAGAGAUGAAACAGAAAGAUACCUCUGUCGUGGUGGCAUCGACAAAGAAGAAGGUUAUCACACUCAAUGGUGAGAUCGACGGGCUGUCAGCAUACCAGAAUUCCAAAGACGAAUUGGCAACCACUGCUGACCAAGUAGAAAAGAUCUCGAACAACAUUGAACAAAAAGUCGAUAGUCUCAGAGUUGCCGUCAUCAAAGUAAAAGGUGUCUGCUCUGGUUACAACUUGAAUGAAAUCGACAAGCGUCUCAAACAAAUCGAAGAGAAGUCCAAGGAAACCAUUACCAACGAAAACAUCCGUGAGGAUUUCGAAAAGAAAGUCAAGCAAUUGAAAGACAAGAUCGUUGAAAUCAAAGAACUUUACAAAAAACCUAUUGGCGAAAAAAAGGAAUAA